AUGUGGAACAGAAAAAAGCUGCAGUACAACUCUGAACUCAAAGGUCAAAACCAGCAACCUUACAAAAAGGACAAUAUAUGCCUCAAACAGAACCAUAACCGAGAUAAAGCAGCUGCUUUGCGGGCGGCGGCGGAGGAGGCGUCUCGCCGCGCCCGGCACCUGAAGGCGCUUUCCCGCACGUCGGGCGCCGAGCGGGAGCUGGAGGAGCUGGUGUUCGGCGACAGCCUCCCCGCGGAAGAGGACGAGCUCCUGCAGUGCUUGGCCGGCUCUGAGCGGCUUAAGGCUACAGAGAGGGCAAGUCUUCAGAAAGAUUCCAGUGAUUCAGAAGUAGAAGAUACAGCAAAAAGUAAAUUUUUGCCCAAGAAGCCAGCCUGGGUGGACGAAGAUGAUGAAGCUGAGGAAAAUGUUGAUAUGACCCAUAAGUAUAGGAAAGAUUUCAUGAAAAGUGAUGCUGAGAAGACUCUUACUAAGAAAAAAUUUAAAAGAAGACUUGAAGAACAGUUUCAGCGAGCUAUGGGAGGAGUUCCUGCCUGGGCUGACUUAGAAAACAGGAAGAAAUCCAAAAGGACAUCAAGUGACAGUGACAGUGAUGAAGAUGAUGAUCUGCUAUGCAGGACUGGCAAUUUCGUAUCAUACUCAGAGUCCCUGCCAAAAGGUAUUUUGAAGUUGAGGACCUGCUUGCCUGCUAAUCAGGAACGUUUUGCUGACGGACGGCUGGUAACUGUGCAGUUUCAUCCUUCUGCUCAAGUUGUUAUGACUGCUGGGCAAGAUCGAUCUGUGUCACUCUUUCAGGUUGAUGGUAUAAGGAAUCCAAGAAUACAGAGCAUCUAUUUGGAAGGUUUUCCAAUUCAUAAGGCUUGUUUCAGUGUUGAUGGAGAACAAGUUAUAGCCACUGGUACUCACCAUAAAAUGUUCUUUGUAUAUGACAUGAUGAGUGGAAAUAUUAUUCCUAUAGAGAGAGUAAGAGGUGUGGAGGAAAGAUUUAUCAGAAAAUUUGAAGUCUCUCCAGAUGGAUCCCUUAUGCUUCUAACUGGAACUUCAGGUUACCUUCACUUGUUGUCAAUGAAGACAAAGGAACUGAUCGGCACUAUGAAGAUAAAUGGGAGAUGCACUGCAUGUGCUUUCACUUCAGACAGCAGCAAAAUAUAUAGCUAUUCAAAGGAAGGCGAAGUUUUCAUUUGGGAUGUGAGAAGCAGAAAAUGUUUACACAAAUUUGAAGAUGAAGGUUCUUUGGAAGGAGUGUGCAUCGCCAUUUCAAAAAAUGACCAGUAUGUGGCAUGUGGUUCAGCUUCUGGAGUUGUAAAUUUAUAUACUACUGAUGUCUGUCUCAAAGAAAGCCAUCCUAAACCAGUUAAAGCAAUAAUGAACCUAGUUACUUCUGCUACGUGUGUGACCUUCAAUCCCACCACAGAAAUUUUGGCAGUGGCUUCCCGUCAAACUGAUGAGGCUGUCAAACUGGUACACAUCCCUUCAUAUACUGUAUUCUCAAACUUCCCAGUGUUCAGAAGAAAACAGAUUUAUCUUGCUGAAUCUAUGGACUUUUCUCCCAGAAGUGGUUUUUUCUCUGUAGCAAAUAACAAGGGCAAAGCUCUGUUAUUUAGGCUGAAACAUUAUUCAGAUUUUUAAAAGAAAAUACAAGAAAAAAUGGACCAGAACUGAGGUAAAAGUGGCAGUAGAACUGUUGACCACAUUGUUUUGAGGAUUCUCAUUUUCAUUUUGCUACCUCCACUUCUUUAUAGAUUGCAACAAGAAGUUCUUAAUACUGUAAUCUGAAACUGUUCUGUCUGGAUCACUUGUGUAGUAGGCUCCACAUGACGGCCAAGGGUCAGGCUUCUUAAUCCCAGUUUUACUAAUGAUACUCUUACAGGGAGCUUGUAGUUCAGCUAAACUUCUGCUCAGUCCUGUUGACAGCAGUUUUAAAAUUCUGAAUAUAUUUAAAUCAAACUCAUAGGCAGCGUUGUUAAAAACAGCUGUAGGCUGGCAGAUACUUGGCUUGAUCCUAUUAUGAAGUCAUGUAAGUGAGCCCACACGAGUCUGCAUAAUUUCAAAUUUAGAUUACUUAAAUUACUGAAAUUUGAAGCAUAGCUCGUAUGCAGAUAUGAUUUUAUUGAAUGCUUUAACCUGUUAUUGGGAAACUGGGAAGACCUGUAGCCUGGACAGUAAUACAGUAGUUCUCCUUGACCCAAAAUGUCUUAAUGUUUGGAAGCUAAACUUGUUCAGACUGGAAGCAGGUAUGUCUUUUGUGUGUUAAACUUGCAUAAAAUUUUGUGAUGGCUAAGUGUUUGGAAGAUACUAAGAAUUCUCUGUACUGAUCUUUCCACAGGUGGUGUAACCCGCAGGUACAAGUACAUGGGUGAAAGUAAACAAGCUUUUUAAUUUUAUAUGGAAGUUCAAAAAUAUUAAUGUUAACAUCUGUGUUUUUAAACGUUGUUCUUUAAUAAAAGUACCUGAUAAGUUUCCAGGCAAGUCGUUUCAACUUUUUCCAAUGUUUUGUGUAACAAAAUGUCUAAGUAUGUUUUAAUGGUUGGCAUUCAAGCUGAUGUCUUCAAGAAAUACUUAAAUGUCUCUAGAUAUUAUGAGCAUAUAAAGUAUUCCAAUGCUGAAACACGAGACACUGGUUUUUGUGUAAACUGUAACUUCUUCUCCAUGCAUUUAUCUUAAGCUUUUCCGUCAGCCAGGUUGAUCUGAGGCUGGGUUGGAAACAGCAUUUUGCUGACUGGAGGAGCAAAAUACAAACCUGAUAACCUGUGGAUGCAGGCGUUGUAGUUCAGCCCAGCCUGAUGGGCCAGCUAUAGCUUAAAGGUUGCUUAAACCACAGAGUGAGAACCGCCACCCUCAGCUGUGCUCACUGCCUAUGUGCCACAAGAGCAACUGGAUGUAAGGUGGGUUUAAUUCUUAAGAAAGUCCCCAUUCUUUCUGUCAAAGCAAAGCAUCUCAAGUAUCACUUCAUAGUUGGUUUUUGAAUCAAUUGUGAAAUUGUGAUACCGUUAGGGUCACCUAGCAAGGGCUGUUGUUGCUGGUUCUUCAUCUGAUGCCAGAUAUUCCAUCUCUGAUAGAUUCGUUCCUGAAGUGGCCAAUAAAAACCCUGCUUUGAGAAUGAAUUGUGACUAAUGUCCACUUAACAUGAGGGAGCUUUUUGGGCAAGUAACAUCAGGAGUCAGGGUGCUCCAGUAACUAGCAGUGAAGGCAUUAAGCCUUCUGUGAAGGUGGCAUUACAGAAAAGCGU